CUGAUCAGUAUCACAUCUCAAACAAAGACAUCAAAAAAGUUGUCUUAAUGACAUACCCAUUUUGCAUUGUGGCUAAUAAUUUUGUUUACUCAUGGCUCUGAAACUCAAAGAAGUUUCUUUAUGUUGCGUGUGGAUCAUCAGUGUUGCUUCUUUUAAGGUGAAUGUUCCUGAAAGGUGGUUAGUGGCAAUCCGUGGUCGUCCAGCUGUGCUGGGCUGUGAGUUCACACCUGAUCCUGAUCUGUCCAGUCUGGUGGUUACCUGGCAACGUCAGGAGGACUCACGAGUCGUCCACAGUUUCUAUUAUCAACAGGACAAUUUGGACCGACAGAGUCCAGAAUACCACAAUCGGACCUCAUUGUAUAUUUCAGAGCUUAGUAAAGGAAAUGCUUCUCUGAGAAUAAAUCCAUUUGGACCAAAGGAUGCAGGCCGGUACCUGUGUCAAGUGAGCAAUGCUAAAGGGACAGGAAGAGCACUGAUAGAACUGGACUAUGGGGCCCUUUAUUCAGAGCCCAGGUUCAACAUUCAUGUGAACUCCACUACUGUGACAGUGCAGUUGGAGACAGAGGGUUUCCCCAAACCUGAGGUCAUCUGGCUAGGGGAACACAACCAGAACCUCAGCUAUCACUUGGAGCUCAACCAUCAGACAGAAGAUGGACUUUAUUACAUAAAAAGCAGAUAUGAGGCCCAGAAGCCAGUGGUUAAUGUAACAUUUAGACUAAAGAACCACCUACUGAAGCAGAACCUGCAUAGACUGGUGUUCCUCCACUAUGGAUCUUUGAUGUUCUUUGGUAGUUUUCAGGUAGGAUUAUCUCCUCAUGUAAUAACUUGUUUCUUAUCUAAAGCUUUAUUUCAGUUUGGUGUCAGGUUAUCUAAACCCAUCUUAACAGUAGGCUUGAGGCAGGAUUGAUGCAAGCUUUGAUGUACAGCUUAUAUCUAACAUGUGUUUUUU